AUGGUGAAACCUCUCAUUCUUUUCACUAUCUUCUUCUCCACCAUUGCAGCCGCCACGGCCUCCGACUCCAGCGAGGAAUCCCACUGUUUCUCCAGAAAUCUUUCUCCCAUAUUGAUGGGCCUCAAGGAAGAGAAGCUCAACCACCUCCACUUCUACUUCCACGACAUCGUCAAUGGCCCGGAACCCACCGCUAUGAGAGUUGUUGAGGCCGCCAUGACCAACAAGUUGGCGAUGGUGUUCGGCGUGGUGUUCAUGAUAGACGAUCUCUUCAGUGAGGGACCCGACCCUAGCUCCAAGAUGAGGGCCAGUAUAACGAUAGUACUCUUUAGUGUUUUGAGCCGAAACACCAUAUUCUCAAAGGUGUGGGAGAUGCCGACGGCGGCAGUGGGUGUCGUGCCCCAAAUUCUAGGCAAUCCAGAACUCUACUUGUGA